AUGCUGGGGAAGGGGAACCGUCGAGGGCCGUCCGGGGUCCAGAGCCGGGAUCGCUCCCGCACUGCACGUGCGGAGCUGUCGUUCUCCGUGAAUUUCCUGCGGGAGGGUGGCUACUCGAAGCGCCUGGGCGCGACCACACCCAUCUUCCUGGCGGCCAUCAUCAAGUUCCUGACGGCCAAGGUCCUGGAGCAGGCGGGCAUCCAGGCCCAGAACAGCCGCAGGAGGCUCAUCACCCCGGAUCUCCUGGCCAUGGCGGUCCACAACCACCCGCAGCUCAGCGCCUUCUUCCGGUCCACGACCAACUCCCAGGUGGCCCCGGGCUGGAUCUAGCUGCCUGACGCGACCUGGGUCCCGGGCCGGGGCCGCAGGCGCCAGGCCUGCUCCCUGCAGGGGUGACCCCAGCCUGCCUGGUGCCUCGGGCAGAGCCACUGAAAGCCAUGC